GCUAGUGCUCUGUUCAAGGGCAAUCUCACGGCGGACCUUUUGUACCUGGGCUUUGGUGCCGUGCAGUUCGGGGUGUACAACGAAUGGAGGAAUCGCUUCAGCCCGAUGUCCAAUUCGAUGGCAUUCAUCGGAGGAGGAGUCGCAGGAUCCGUUGCAACGACCUGCACAUAUCCUCUGGAUCUGCUGCGGACUAGGUUGGCAGCUCAGGGCGAGCCUAAAGUGUACAAGUCAUUGUCACACGCCAUCGGUCAAAUGUACCGAAGUGAAGGUGUGUAG